CUUUGAUUGGCUGUUCUGCUCGACGUCGACGUCGGCUUUAGCUUGUUCUAACGCUCUCCUUUCAGCGAAUAUAAAGCACACGAGCAGAAAAGAACGGCCUUUUUGGGUUUGGUGGAUUUCCCCCUUCAUUAGCGUGUUAUAUCGAUAUUUAUUUGAUUAAAGCUGCGAUAUUCUUGCGGAAUAUGGCGGACACGGUAUGCUAAGGCUCCAUACACUGGCCCUGGGUGAGGCGUGAUGUUUUCAGAGAGUUGCUGGGAAGAGCACGCGCAGCAGGAGUGUAACGGGAUCAAGAGCGCGAGCUACUGAGAACAGUUCGGUAUCAGAAUGGCUGGAAUGUGUAACGGCUCCACAUCUGGCCCGGGUGACAUCAUCCAGCUGAACGUCGGCGGAACUCGAUUUAGCACCUCAAGACAGACGCUUAUGUGGAUUCCAGACUCUUUCUUUUCAAGUUUACUCAGUGGGAGAAUAUCAACACUAAGGGAUGAAACUGGAGCCAUCUUUAUUGACAGAGACCCGACCGCAUUUGUGCCCAUUUUAAACUUCCUUCGUACUAAAGAGUUAGACUUACGAGGGGUCAGCAUAAGCAUUCUGCGCCAUGAAGCUGAGUUUUAUGGGAUUACACCUUUAGUUCGACGUUUGCUGCUGUGUGAGGAGCUAGAGAGAUCAUCAUGCGGAAGUGUGCUAUUUCAUGGCUACCUCCCACCACCAGCUAUCCCAGCGCGCAAAUCUGCCAGUGGGCAGAGUGCAACUGCUGGAGUCCAGGAGGAGUACCCAGGCCUCAGUGGAGCGGAGGGGGGCUUCUCUCGCUCGAGCUCACACACGGCUCUGCCUGGACCUAACGGAAUGGAGGGAGGCACGAGACUUUCUGGAUCGGCAGUUGAUCCCAGGAAGGUGCUCAUUGUUGCUGGUCAUCACAACUGGAUAGUAGCUGCCUAUGCUCAUUUCGUCAUUUGCUACAGGAUAAAGGAAUCCUCAGGAUGGCAGCAGGUGUUCUCAAGUCCUUACCUAGACUGGGCCAUUGAGCGUGUUGCGCUAAACGCGAAAGUAGUCGGUGGUCCCCAUGGUGACAAAGACAAGAUGGUUGCGGUGUCAUCACAGAGCAAGAUCAUCUUGUGGAGUAUCCAGGAUGGGGGAAGUGGCAAUGAGAUAGGUGUGUUCAGUCUUGGCGUGCCUGUUGAUUCUCUUUUCUUCAUUGGGAGUCAACUGGUAGCCACCAGCCAUACUGGGAAGGUUGGUGUGUGGAAUGCAGUGACGCAACACUGGCAAGUGCAGGAUGUUGUGCCCAUCACCAGCUGCGACACCGCCGGAUCCUUUCUUCUUCUCGGAUGCAAUAAUGGCUCCAUUUACUACAUCGACAUGCAGAAGUUCCCACUGAGAAUGAAGGACAAUGACCUCCUGGUGACCGAGCUCUAUCACGACCCUUCAAAUGAUGCCAUCACAGCCCUCAGUGUCUAUUUAACACCUAAAACCAGCGUGAGCGGAAACUGGAUCGAGAUUGCGUACGGUACUAGUUCAGGCGCAGUGCGUGUGAUAGUGCAGCAUCCGGAGACGGUUGGAUCUGGGCCUCAACUGUUUCAGACGUUCACAGUCCACCGCAGCCCUGUCACGAAGAUCAUGCUGUCUGAGAAACACCUCGUGUCGGUGUGUGCUGACAAUAACCAUGUGAGGACGUGGACAGUGACUCGCUUUAGAGGCAUGAUCUCCACUCAGCCUGGGUCCACGCCGCUGGCUUCCUUCAAGAUCAUCUCGCUGGAGGAGACCGAGAGCCACAGCAGUUACUCCUCUGGCAACGACAUAGGCCCAUUCGGAGAGAGAGACGACCAACAAGUAUUCAUUCAGAAGGUCAUUCCGAUAACCAACAAACUCUUUGUGCGUCUCUCCUCCACUGGAAAGAGGAUUUGCGAGGUGCAAUCAGUGGACGGCACCACCAUCACGUGUUUCACAGUGCGCGAGUGUGAGGGUUCCAGUCGUAUGGGCUCCCGGCCACGUCGUUACCUCUUCACCGGCCAUGCGAAUGGCAGCAUUCAGAUGUGGGAUCUAACCACGGCCAUGGACACGGCGAACAAGAACGAUAGCAAAAGCAAACGUGAUGCUGAAGUGGGGGGGCCCACAGAGGAGGAGUUUCUAAAGUUGCUUGAUCAAUGUGAUUUGAGUACAUCACGCUGUGCCACGCCCAACAUUAGUCCUGCCCCUUCGGUACUGCACCACAGCCGACUUCGAGAGUCCUGCUCCAGCCUCCAGCUGCAGGCACAAGAACUCUUGGCAGAGACUGCCACAUAUGGCGCUGUACGUCCAUACCGGGAGAGCCCACUGCUGGCACGUGCCCGUCGCACGGAGAGCUUCAGCAGCUAUCCAGACUUCCACACACUCAACCUGGCCAAAGUCCUGAGGGAACACGGUGGGCAUUGCAGCGGCACUGACGAUGACAGCAACGGCGACAAGAGGAGCUCAGAGAGUCCAGCGAGCACUACAGAAAGCCCCAGAGACCCUCGCCGCAGGGCACACUCCUCUGAUGAAGGCACCUCUGAGUGCAGAGCGGAGGGUAGGAGGAGAGGGACGCUUGAUGGGAACUUCCCAGGCCGAAAGAAGGCACCUCCAGUCCCUCAGCUGAGCUCGGUGUCUGUGGGGAGUGAGGCAGGAGGCAGUGACUCGUCCAGCACUGCCUCGCCGUCUCCGACUAAAGUGUCCACUUCACCACGGCACCGCAGAGCCUUAGACAUGAGUGAGUGACCACUCUGAACACUAAAACAGUGUAUAUCUACAAACAAAUACAUACUGAAGCAGUAUUACCAUAAACGUAAACAUAAACACAUCCCUGAAGGAGUGUCUCUGGUGAGAAAAGCAUAGAUAGAGAUCUAUAAAGCAGCAAGUUUAGCAGCUAAAUGAAUAUUUAAUAUAUACUAUAUGUAACUUCUUACCCAGUUCUCAAGCACUUUAGUGUCUGUUAAUAUUCUAAUCCCUGUAAAGGUUCGGACAGGAACGACAAGGCGAAAGUAAUGUCACUACAGUGAACUAACUCGGAACUAACUAACUUUCAUAGUGUUCACUUCUUUUCUGUAAAGCAGCCGCACUUUAUUUUGCUCUUUUUCACGUUUUAAGAAGGGAAUAAUCUCAAACAUUUGCAGGUGCCUUUUUCCUUAUGAGCUUAUUAAAUUUUUCCCCCUUUUGGGUUGUUUUUUGGGUUGGAUAGUUCACAAAGAGGAACAAUGUUCAGUGAAACAGGUUCACUUAGUACCAAACCCUGUUUUAAAAUGUUCCUGAGACUUUUAUAGAGGUGUAGCCAUGGUUUGUUUUUUUUUUUUUUUUUUUUUUUUUAAAGAUUAAACAAGCAUUAAGCAUGUCAGUUCCGUUCAGUUUAAGUCAGAAAACCAGGCUGAUGCAUAAAUAUUUUAGUGUCCACUAAUGUUUAAUUUUGUACUCCUGGUAGACUGACUGUGUGGGGAUACAGAGCUCAAAGGGGUUUGGUAUAUUAUUAUAUGCUGAAUAUUAAUUCUGAUACAAAAUAUUUACUUAUGAGGUUUUUUUUUUUUUUGGAAAAAACAUUUCCCAAGCUAGUUUUACAGACAGCCUACAAACAUGCUUUUUCUCUUUUAUGCAAUUGGUACUCAUUAAAGCGGAAUCUGUUAAAGUAAAUGUAUGAAUACGUAACUUGUUAACAUUAUAUGGCUAUAAUAUGCCUAUGCUGUUAAAAAAAAAAAAAAAAAAAAAAAAAAAAAAAGAAUAUAUAU